GAUCAUUCUCGGUUCGCGGAAACAGCGUCAGAGUGAGACCUCCGCUCGACUUCUUGCUCUGAGCUGCUCUCCUGUCCUCUCCGUUAGCUGCUCCGUCUCCUCCGCUAGCAUAGCCUGCCAGCUAGCAGCACAGGUAAACAUGGCCAUGUCGCAGGCUCUGUCAGAGGAGGAGUUUCAUCGGAUGCAGGCUCAGCUGUUGGAACUGCGGACUCAGAACUAUCAGCUCUCUGAUGAUCUCAGGAAGAACACGGCUGAACUGAACGCCGUCCGUCAGAGGAAUGUGGUUUUGGAAAGAGAUUUUGUCAAAGCACAGAAGGCUCUGAAUAAGAGCAAGAAAGCUCAGGAGGUGGAUGCGCUGCUGAGUGAGAAUGAGAUGCUUCAGGGGAAACUCCACAGUCAGGAGGAAGAUUUCAGACUACAGAACAGCACGCUGAUGACUGAACUCUCCAAGUUGUGUACACAGAUCGAACAGCUGGAACAGGAGAACCAGGGCCUGAAGGAGGGAGGAGGAGCCUCUGCUUCCAGUCCCCCGCCCAACCCUGCUUCCAGUCCUGUUGAUGGAGAACUCCUUCGCCUCCAGGCUGAAAACUCCGCCCUCCAGAAGAAAAUGAAAGCCCUCCAGGAGCGCUACCACAAAGAGCUGCAGAGACAGGUGGUCGCCCAGGGCAACCAGAGCGCUACCACGGGGACCGACGGGUCAGCCAGUGCAAACGGAGUCUCUGAUGUCACAGGGGGAGGGGAGGAGCCAGUGGCAGAGGGAACCAAUGAGAGACUGGAAGAGACGGAGGCUCAACUGGAACAGACAGAGAAACAGCUACAUGGCCUGUCAGAGAAGAGCGUAGAGAAGAUUGUAGCUAAGCAGGCAGCGCUAGGCUGGUCGGCUGCUCUCUGUCCAAUAACUCACUGCUUUGGAUCAGAGCUGGAGAUGGCACUGAACACCGAGCAGGAGGAGAAGAGGCUGCUGAGGGAGCAGAUCCACAACGUCGAGGCGUCCAAACAGGCGGAAAUCAGCAAACUGCAGGAAGAGAUUACAAAGCUGUCUGACAAGUUAAAGAAGAAGCAGGAGAGUUUUCAGCGUCUGCAGGGAGAGAAGGAGGCUCUGUACAAUGACAGCAGGACAAAGAUCGAUGAGAUCAACCAGAAGAAAGAAGAGGAGCUGAAGGCCAUGAACAUCCGCAUCCAGAAACUGCAGUCAGAUCUCAUGGCAGCCAAUCAGAUGACAGCAGAACUGAGAGAACAACUGCAGAGCAAAGACAGAGAGCAUGAACUGGCUCUGCACACCUUGAAAGACCAGGUAGCCAGUCAGAGUGCAGUCAGUCAGGAGCAGGUGGACAACAUCCUGCAGGAGAACGAUGCUCUGAGGACAAAUCUAGCAGCUCUAGAACAGAUCCAGACGGUGAAAACACAGGAGCUGAAUCUGUUGCGUGAGCAGCAGGAGGCGCUGACGGCUGAGCUGCAGCAGAGACAGGCUGAGCAGGAGAGUCUGUUAGCUCAGAGAGACGACCUCGACUCCCAGCUGCAGGAGUCGAGUUUUGCCAACAGGAAGUUGCUGGAGCAGUUAACAGAGGAAGGACAAGAGAAGGAAAGACUGCUGAGAGAGCUGGAUGAGGCUAAGAAGACAGCAGAGAAGAGGAAGGCCAUGUUGGACGGCAUGGCCAUGCAGUUGAACCAGGAGAAGUCUGACCACAAGGAGGCGCUGUCAGACCUCAAACUGCAGCACGAGAAGGAGGUUCUCGGGGUGAGGGCUCGUUAUGAGAAGGAGCUCAGAGGACUCCAUGAAGACAAGAAUCGCUCUGAGGAGGAGAUCCGACAGCAGCUAAGAGAUGAGAAGGCUCGUACUAAAGAGUUGGAGGGUCUUCAGCCGAAGGUGGAGGAGUUACAGGCUCAGGUUCAGUCCAUGGAGGGAACCAAAGGAUGGUUCGAGAGACGACUCAAGGAGGCUGAGGACAACAUAGAGAAGAACUCUCUGGAGCAUCAGGAGGAGAUCAAGCAGCUGCAGAAAGAACACACACUUCAUCUGGAGGAGAAGCAGUCGGAGAUGGAGGGAUUGAAGCAGCAGAUGGUGGAGGUGGAGAAACAGAGGGAUGAACACGGUGACACCAUUGCAAAACUCAGACAGGAGAUAAAGGACACCGUGGACGGUCAGAGGAUUCUGGAGAAGAAGGGAAGCGCAGCGCUGAAGGAUUUGAAGCGGCAGCUACAGCUGGAGAGGAAGCGAGCGGACAAAUUGCAGGAGAGACUCCAGGAGAUACUGACCAACAGCAAGACCAGGACAGGUCUGGAGGAGCUGGUUCUGUCAGAGAUCAACAGUCCCAGUCGGACUCAGCAGACCGGAGACUCGUCCUCCGUCUCCUCCUUCUCCUACAGAGACAUGAUGAAGGAGGCUCAGCCGACCAAUCAGAACAAGUCUGGAGGAGGCAGUCCUCAGUCUCAGCGUCCGGCUGAAUUAUCUGAUGACGAGGUCGGAGAGUUGUUCCAGCGUCUCGCUGAGGUUCAGCAGGAGAAAUGGAUGCUGGAGGAGAAGGUGAAACAUCUGGAGGUGAGCUGUUCGUCGAUGGCUGAGGACAUCUGCAGGAAGAGCGCCAUCAUAGAGACAUAUGUAAUGGACAGCCGCAUAGACGUGUCGGGCAGUGCAGUCGGAGGUCACGGAGGCUCUCAGGGAGACAGAGGAGGUCUGGGUUCUGUCCUCAGAGAUCUGGUCAAACCAGGAGACGAGAAUCUGAGGGAGAUGAACAAGAAGCUGCAGAACAUGUUGGAGGAGCAGCUGACCAAGAACAUGCACCUGCAGAAGGACCUGGAGGUUUUGUCCCAGGAAUUAGUCCGUCUCAGUAAAGAGAACAGUCCUGGUGGCAGUGCAGCUGGGUCGGGUUGAGAACGUCGCCUGAAUCCAUCCGUCCAUUUCCAUCCCUCUCACUACUAUUGUUCUUCUCAGCUGGAUGGUGUGGGCUGGGCUCAGACUAACGCCCGGAACCAGCAUUAAUUUUCUUUCCCAUUCGUGACCUAAGACCUGCUUGUGGGCUUUGACUACUCUCUGGAGAUGUUACAAUUUCACCACUUCAGUCUGCCUGCUGGGCUUUGACUAAACGCUGGAAUUUGUCUAUCAAUUGUUUCUCAAUGACGAGAAAACAGUAGGUUUAAAGGUGUAAAAAGAGAAACCAGGGGGAAUGGAAACACAGAAAGUUGGGCUCAGCUCAUUAUGUUGCUAUUGAAUGUACUGUCAUUAGACUGCACCUCUCUGUCGAGUCCUGGCUACAACCUGGAAAACACACAUUGUGACUGACUAUAUCUUUGCUUAUGCUGGUUUCUGUCCUGAGAUUCUGAUGUCUUUCUGUUGGAUCCUGGCUAUGUCCUGGAACACAUAAGCCUGGUAUCUUGACUGACUGAAUUAGUUACUUGAUUGGUUUCUACGUGCAGUAACGCUGGUAUGAUCUGGCUAUUUCCUGGGCUUCCUGUCCGCAACAAAAUCAUAAUACUUCAUUACCGAAAACCUGGGCUCUGUAUAUGUCCUGGAUUGUAUUGUAGCAUUAGCUGAGUUUGAAGGUGAUAAAAUGUUGAUAAAAUAUGUAUCUGACACACUGAAAUAACAGCUGCAGAUACUGCAUCUGACAAACCGUAUUUUUCAUGAGCUACUUGAUCCUGGCUCAAAACUAUAAAGUCGAUCAGGUUCGAUUAUUGAUCCGAUAUGACCUGCCGCCAGAGACAUCCAACGCGACGUCAUAACCACGGGAAGCUUUUCUACGCCGAGCUUCCAUCAUGAGAAAAAGAGAGAACAGCUCAUUUUAUAGUCGGAUCGGCAAAUCUGGCCUACCCAGGCGUCAUAUUCGUGAGGAAGAGCGGCAGGCUGAGGUGAUCCGACUUUGAUCAGCUUCCAUACAGAUCCCUUCAAACAUGGCCGGAUCAGCUUGAGACACCCCCGGCGUUAACAUCCUGGUCCUAGCUUCUGGUUCUGUUCACAGUGACACACGAUGGAGGGAUCGUCGUGCCGACGGGAGGCAGGAAGGUCUAGAUCACAUCAGUCGUCCUGAGGCUGACAAAACCAAAUUUAACUAAAUAUUCACUUCAUUUUCUGUUGACUUGGGUUUUUUUGAUUUUGGCUCCACCUUCAAGUGUGUAGGUCGGCCAUGGCUAUGUCAUGGAGCACAAACAUAUCCUCAUACUGUAUGUUAACUUAUCUUCGCUCUCUUUACACUGAUUAAUUUUCUUUUAUGUUGGUGUCAGGCUGUGGCUAUUUUCUGGACUAAUUGCCCGUCACGCCUGUCUGUCCUACAUGUAAAACCUUCUGUGUCUUUCGUCGCCCUCUGGAAUGAGGAGCUUUGGCAUCACAGCUACUAUAUGAAGCUAUUUUGCAUCCCUCCUUUUAUUUAUUAUUUCUCAUACGCUCUGGGAUGUAAAAUGGCUCAUGGAAAUAUCCCCUGUCACCGCUCCGGUCACCUGUACGAUGAGGGAUGUUAAACAGGGCCAGGGCUUGUCACCUGGAGGUUUUAGUCAAAACAGUUUCAUGAAUUUUGUGGAUUAUUUUGAAGAUUUUAAAGAAAAUCAUGCAUGUCUAAUUUUUUUUAAUUAAAAUAUCAAUAUCACAUAUCAAGCAAGAAGAAGAAGUGGCCAAAAGUUGGAUGGUACAAGUGAGAUAAAAUCAGAUCUGCGCUACUAACUGAGAGUGAUUUGGAAGUGAGAACGUGGAAUUAGGAGAUAACUUUGUUUCAAAAGAUCGGCUGCUUUUUAAAAUUUGGGUUGUUUGAGUUAAACUCUGAAGAGGACGAACCUCAGCGUUAGGUUCAGCCUGGGAUGCACAAUGGCUCAACGAAAACUGAACGACUGCAUCUCUCCGCUUUUGUUGGAUUUUGAUCAUUCAUCUUUUUAUCUCCAUGGCCGUGUCUAUGUCCUGGAUCACGUGAACUGUAAUUUCUCUUGCACUGUUAACUUUUUGUGACUAUUUCCAUCCUUUGCCGGGGACACCAGAUGGUGCUGGGGAAAAAAAGUGAAACUGUCGGCUUUGGUUGCUUUUCUGCGACUGCGUUCUCUUCGUUUUUUCUGUCGGGCUGGGUCUACUUCCUGCUUGAAGGAACAUAUUAUUUUGACUCUAUCUUUAAAACUGCUUCUGUUUUACGUGAUCUUGUAAAAAUUUGAACUUUAACCUUGAAAAUGAAAGACAAACACUUCGUGUCUGCGCUGCCCUUUUUUUUUCCCUCUUGGACUCUGGAUUUCUUUGUUUGCUACAGGACCCAGACUAGGUCCUGGAUUACACUCUGCACCAGGGUGGCAUAUGCUGACCGGGCUCUGACUAAAUCCUGGACUUAAUUCUCGUAGCAGAUAUUGUGCUAUGUUGUAACAUGAUGCCCGCACUUCUCUGCUUUAUUUUUGAUUGUACACUGCAGAAAAUAUCCAACUCAGUCUGAUGUGAAGACUAAAAAAACUCGCCUUGUUUCCAGUGCAGCUUUUCCAGUGCAGUUAUCUCAUGCAGCUCUGGCUCAGCCCAAGAUCCUUUAAAUACAUUACACAUAUUUAAUACAUGAAAUAACAACGGAAAGUGUCAGAAAACAUUAAAAGUUGAAGUUGCCCAGCACAAGACUAAGUCUGAAUUGGUCUGGAAGAUUAAAAUAGACACAUACUAAAUUUUGGGUUUAAUUUUAAUAUUUGAUGUCGUAAAGUCGGUCAACAGUCAGAGGAUGUCUGAGAAAUGAAAACCAGUCCAGAAAGCGGUCGGGCUGCACUGAAAACAAACUGAGGCCUCGUCUCUCUCGCUGGUUCCGAGUCCAAACUACUCUGACUCAGCGGGAUCGGUCUACGUGCUGGGCAGUGACUCGGCCCGUUGCUGUGUUUGGGUUUGUAACCGUUUAAGCCUGUAUACUGUAUAUACGCUGUGAUAUGACUUCUAACUGUAUGAAGAAUCGAUGGAUCUAUUUAUGAGACUGAUGAUGAUCAUGACGCUAAUUGUUCUAACUACGAGAAAAUAUCAUAAAAUAUUGUCUGGA